ACGGCGAAGGUCGUAGAGUUUUUGCCGUAGAGUGUUGUUAGGCUGCUUAUUAUUUUAAUUUUAGUAGCCCAAUUUAAGCAAUGUUAAGUUAAUUUCAUAGAGACCUGAACCUCGCAACAUGGAAGAGGAGGAUCCUGUUGUACAAGAGAUCCCUGUAUUCUUGUCUCAAGCAUUAGCCGAGCAUCUGUACAUAUACCAAUACCCAGUAAGACCAGCCAAUAGGGAUUGGAAAGAUGUAAAAGUGACCAAUGCGUCUAUAAAGCCAAAGAAUCAUCUUGUUCGUAUGGAAGUCGGUCUCGACACUUAUAGUGAUAAAUACUGCCCUUCUAAGGGCGAACAAAUUGCACUCAACACGGAUGGACCUCAGGAAUCACGAUUUUUGAAAGAUAAGGAACAAGAGAGGUCUCAAUACUUCAGAAAUGGAAUUAUGGACAAGAUUGUGUAUGAAAGCAGCAACCCCUGCGUCGACACAAAGCAUUAUGCUGUUGCUUUACUACAAGACAAAGAGCUCCAUUGCACUCCUAUACAAGGUAUAUUGCAGCUUAGGCCAUCCUAUUCCUAUUACGAUAAACAAGACAAAAGAAAGGUUGAUAAAAGUAAAGCUGACAAUUCUGAUGAAGAGGAGAAAGAACCUGAGGCUCAACAGGUAACAGUUAAGUUCGCGCGUUUGGAAACCGAUGUGGCUAAAAAAGCGAGAGAGAAAUCCUACGAGACAGUAUCGCAGCGUAUCGCUGACGAACCCUGGUACGACGCUCUAUGGAAACCAUCGGACACUGACCAUGCUGAAUUGGAGCGUCUAAAACUAUUCAGUGCGAAUUCAUCGGAUGGUUCUUCUCUCACUUUAAAACCAUCCGAAUAUGUUCGGUCAUUAGUACCUCCUACCACCGAUGAGGCGGAAAUGGCGCCAGUGAAAAAGCUUUCGCUACAGGAUCAGAUCAAGGAAAUAUUGAUUAAUGCGAAAUUAAUGACGUUCAACGAGCUGCGAGCCACAAUACGGGGGGAGGAGGGUCCGGUUAACGAAACUGCGCUGCUCACUGCGUUGGGGGCGGCGGCUAGCUGCGUGCGCGGUUUGUGGGCGCCGCGCUCGCAGGAUCUUUACACUCGGGAUUCACCCGCGCCGCCCCGGCUCAUGUGUGCCGCCAGGGACCAUGUGCUAUACCUGUUAACGCAGCACUCGUACGUUGACCGUCGCAAGUUCGCCGCAGCCGUCCGCCUCCCGCCCCAAGAAGUACUAGAAAUAUUGCGUUCCAUAGCCAAAUAUAACCCCAAGACUGGGUGGGAGCUAAUGUUACCACCGGAUACGAGCUUCGAGGCCAAAUACCCAGAUGUUGUGCAAAGGCAGAACCACUAUUGGGAAGCGAGACAGAGGCAGUUCAACGAGAUGUUGAUCGGGGAGAACACUCCAAAGCGACAGAGGAAGAAGUCCCAAAGGGACUCUGUGAGCUCAGACACCAUGAUGAGCCCGAAACUGAGGCAUAACAGUGUGAGUGAAGAAGACUGUGAUAGGAAAAGGCAUAAGAACAAAUCGGCCAGUGGUAGUGGUAAACGGACUAGAAAUAUCAGUUCCAGCAGUGUUACGGAUGCCACGUGAUUGUAGUGGAUAGAUAGGUUAUCAAAUUGUUUCGCUCUGCAAAUGUUGUUUAUUAUUUUUAAAAGACCCCAAUAUAUCCUUCAAGUUUGCGUUGGACUUUAGUGUAAAGUUAUGGGAAAAAAAAAUAACAUCGAACAUACGUGAUUAGUUUAGUUUGUAAAUUAUGAUUUAUAAUCAUGUCUUUGAAGUGAAACCUCGUAACCUCGUUAAUUGAUAGGUACUAUACUACUAUAUUGGUGCGAGUGUAAAAGCACUCCUCCCAUCCCCCCAGCCCUUUUUUUUUCGCCUGGUGGAAAAGCUUUAUUGCUACCUCAGACCCUUGGGCAGGAUGGAGGUGAUGUGGGACUUCCCCCCUCUAAAGGGGUAUACCCAAACUAAAAACCACCACAGCAUGUUGGCUUUGUUAGACGAACGGGGAACCCGUUUUAUACCUCCCAGAUGUCUACCAACCACCUCCCUACUAAGCUUGGAAACCCCCCAGCCCUGCCUACAUACAAAUAACUCAGACAGCUUAACUUAAAUUAAAAAAAAAACGCCAACGUGCGAGUCGGACUCGCACACGAAGUCUUCCAUACCGUUAUCUAUAAAUACGACAAAAAAAUCAUGUCUGCUGUGUGGGGUCCCCCGUAAUAUUCAUUUAAAUCUGUUUUUUAGUAUUUGUUGCUAUAGCGGCAGCAGAAAUAAAUCAUCAGUGAACAUUUCAACGGUCUUAACUAUCACUGUUCAUGGGUUACAGAUGGACAGACAGACAGACUGACGAACCGCGGAGUCUUAGUUAUAGGGUCCUGUUUUACCGUUUAGGUGCGGUCCCCCUGAAAACGGUGAUUCCAAAUAAAGCAAACUCCUUAAAUAAUUUGACUGAUGGGAAACCCCAAUACCUCGCAAUAUUUGGCUUUACUCUGGCAUAUAGCAUUGUUAUAGGACCACCAUUAUCCAUUAAAAUAAAAACUAAACUUUGUAGUGAUGUCUGAAAGACUGCUUUGUAUUAUUUUUAAUAGCAUUUGCAGAAACAGGUAUAGAAAGAGUAGCUUUCAUUUGUGUCAUAGAAUUAAGAACACACAGAAAC